CCCACCCCUCCCCGACACAUCUAAUCUGAAGACUGAGUUUCUGGGCAACCGACUUGCUUUACGUUAUGAAAACUGAAUUCUAUUGCCUUGAAAUUGAGUGAUAUCUAUAGAGCAGGAAGAGAACACCUUUCCUGCUGUUCUGUUUUACUUUCUUUACCGAGAGUUGGACGACUAAAGCAAACGGUAUCCUGCAGUUUCUAGAACGUCUCCAUGGAGCUUUGAUUUGAGUGGUCGUAGGUUAUCAGUCUUUCAAAUUUCGCCCAUGCUCACCAUUAGGAGAUACUCAUUUCAGUCUCUAUGCUUCCAUAUAUAAGCUCUGGGCGUUAUGGAAUCGUUUCGGAGCCUGUUUACAGUUCCAACAGCGUUAACGAGAUUAAUGAAGUAAACAAUCCAUUACCGGAUUCAUUUGUGGACAAAGAUCAAGCAUGGCCCAGCUUGCCUCUUAUUUCGGAGGGUUCUUUCACGUCGCUUGUCAGCAAACAAUCUGGAAAAUCUUUGGAAAGGGGUAGAGAAAGAGCCACAAAAAACAAAGAGGUGAGUGGGUUUAAAACCCAGUUACAUCAUUAUAAACAACUUGUAUUAUAUGGCGUGGUUUAUUGAUCUUCUUCCAGUGUUGUUAUCAUAAUCCUUUAUCGCGCGCCGCGCGUUGAAAUUAAGUCCAAGAUUUGUUUAACCUGGUUUGAGUUGUAUGUGCGCCCUGCGAAAGACACUUUGUUGUAGAUAAUAUUAUUAAAAAGCUCAUUAACUUUCAGCAGGAAACUACAACGGUACCGAAAUUUCAUAAUUCACCACAAUUUGCAUAAAAGAUGAAAUCAAACAGACGUUUUAAACUUUCAAAAACUGUUUGAUAUUAUGGAGUGUUCAUUAUUUAUCCUUUGCGGGGAGGUCCGGCAUUUUUAAUUGUCCCACUUUCAAUAUCUUUAAACCCCCUCUUGCUCGGGCAACAGGAAAACUUUAUUGACACCUCAAGAGUAACGUCAAAACUUAUGCGACCCCCUCUCCCAUCUUUUAUAUAUAAAGGUCAAAUAGUUUACGCGAUGCAAUAUUCUGUUUAAAAGAAUUGUUUUGUAAGAAACAUACAUUGAUUUAGUGAAAAAAAAUGUUUUUCUUGUGCCGUUGGUCCCACUCUUCUUCCAGAUCUGGUGCUUGAAGAAGUAUUAGACAUAGUAACUUCUGUAAGCUCACUGCCAUUGUCCGUUGAUUCACUGUCAAGAUAACUGUCUUUUGAGUCACCACCACUGUCAACCUCUGCUAAAUCCACUCCCUCCUCACUUUCGUCCUCAUGUUCUUCCUGGAUGUUGUCAAGGGACCCAUGUAUGCGUUACCUGCGGAUAAGUGAAGUGUGAUGCAUCGCAUCUUAUCUGGUUUUUUACCUUUGUUUGUCAGGGGGUGGUGCUUAUCUGCUUCAGGCAUUGUGAGUGUCCCUAGCUUUCCUUGUUCUAACAGAGAAGCCCAAUCAUAGUCGUCCACAGAUUUCUGCUUCUUUGCUCUUGCUUUUUCUUGUCUUGCCUUGACUCUGAUGGACUUUGACCAGUCAGGGUUCUGUUCUCUCUACACGCUCACGAGACACCACGUAUUGCGCACUAAAGUCCCUGAUUUUUUUGCCGGGGCAUCAAGAUGAAUAUCUCCCUUGUGAAAAAGAUGGCUUACAUUUGACCUGGGGCUGCAUUCCAUUCUUUGGGUCCACAUGACAUGAGAAAACUUUCAUGAUCCCCCCUCCUCCCCACUAACUAUCUUGAAACUCAAAUGACCCCCCGCCAAGGAAGCACGUUAUUUUCAGCCCUGGAAGCACUUCAAAGUUUUCUGCCCCACCCCCUAUGAUUUAGUCGACCCUUCCCCCAAAGGAUAAAUUAAUAAUGAACACUCCCUUAUGCAUUCUUUGAAUUCAACUCAGUGAAUUCCUUUUAAUGAUUUUACAGCUGAUACCAGCUUAACCUGAGAUCAGGCUCAAUUUUUGUUUUCCUUUGUAAAUAACAUUCCGGCAGGCAAGGCGAAACGAAAACCAAGUUUAGUGGUAGCCAUCAGAGAGAAUGUAUGAGAACCAUUAAAAUUCGGCCUGAUCUCAGGUUAAUACUAGCUGUACUGUAGAAACCGUUUGGCAUUCCUUGCUAACAAUACGCUGGUUGUCAGAGGUCGUUUUAGUAGACAUCAUUAAUUUUAGUAAUGAUGUUACUACAUGUGUGCUAAAUAAAGGGGUGUUUUGCCCUUGGUUUGGUUGUUAAAUGGUUAGGGUAUUAAUUUGCUCAUAAAUGAGUCUCUUUUGCCUGAGUUUAUGUCAAAACUCAGGCUGAUGAGUCCAAAAAGAAUGAAACAAAUAUUCCUGGCUGCUAAUAGCAGGAUGAUAUAGAUAUGAGUGCACAUGCGCAAGGUCACUGGCUAUAUUGCAGAAUUUGGUAGUUUGUGCUUCUUGCUGAAUUUUGGUGUCACCAUUUGAAAAUCAAGCUGUGACUAUGUGAUAUUAAUGAGAUGCAACCAUCCGAGGGCCCAAAAUGGCCACAGCUGUUACUUUUACUUGGUAACAAACCCAAGGGUGUUGCAAAAAUAGGAAAGAGUUUUGUCCACAUCUUGUGAGGCCCUGUCAGGGUUAAAUUCCAACAAUCGACAUGGCCUUUAGAGCAAAUGAAAUUGCGGAAAAUGACAUAAAGAUGGGUCAAAUACGGACAGAGACAUGGCCUACUCUUUAAAACACAAAAUGACCAUAUUUGAAGCAUGUAUUACAUAUUUCCCCCACCCCUACCCCAAAGGGGGCCUCAUUUUUCACAGGCUCAAUUACCAGCUUGCUGUUUGAUCAAAGACAGGAUCUGGGAGAUGACAGGAAUCAAGCCUACAUUUUAUUAAUGAUAGGUAGAUAUAAUAAUAAAACAGUUUAAACUGUGAGAAGAAGUUGCAAGCCAGAUCUACUCAGGAGUAUAUCUACUCCAUUGGGAGGCAUAAGAGUUGCAUAGAUGUAAAUUUUAAAAAGAGAGGAGAGACUACAGUUCAGUAAACUAACCAUUUUUUUUCUAAUCCCAAAAGGUGAACAGUUUAGGACAAGGUCUUGAUAUACAAAGGUCAGUACUGACUGAAUACUUUUGCGAAUAAAGUGUACAUUUACAUGUACAUUUAGCUAUAAUGAUGUAUAAGUUACAUAAAUUAGUGGUGUAAAUAGUGUGAAGUCAAUCCUCUAUAUGUACCCUUCUGAUCUCUCAUAAGCAACCACAGCCAUUGAUAAUAUUAUUCCUCCCAUUGUUGUAAGCAACCUCUUGUAAGCGAUAACCUGAAGCAUGGUCUAAUCUCUAUGUUCGCUGUUUGUCCCAUUCUGUACUAAGAAAGAGCUUUUUGUGAUAACGUGGAAUGCACACAUAUAAAACUUAGUGUUUGUAUGCAAUAAAUUCUCUUUCAAAAGUAGAUGUGUCCAGAUGUCUUUUCAGAAGAGAGGCCAUGUAGUUCACUUGUCAGCUUUAAGCAACCACCUCCCAUAAGUGACCAGCAAAUCUUCACCUUUGGGUGUAGGCCGCUAAUAGAGUAGGAUCCAUUGUAGUUACCAGCUAGGCUUAAUCUUAUUUAAAUCAUUUUUAAUUUUUGAGUGGAUUGCUGGGAUAAAGGGAAGUUGUGAAGGGAAGUCAGAUGUACCAUACUGGAAGAGUAUGUUAUGGACAUUAUAUUUGCAAACAAUAGCAUAAAGUGCCACUGGCACAGUGAGUAUUUUUAGGUGUGCAUCCAGGGGAAAAAACAGUCAUUUUCCAAUACAGUGGACCUCCACUUAGCAUCCAUAUUAUCCAGGUGUCUAUUUUGACCUGGCCCCACGUCAAACCAGGUUGAAUAAUUUAUUCAUUAUAAUAUCAGGAUUAUGAUUUUCUGAUCGAUUUCUUUUCUGUCUUUUCUUCCUGUCUCAUAGCAGAAGUGGUUUGAAAAUCACACAGUUGCAGUUAAACUGUCAAAUGAAAAAUCUUGAUCGUGGUUGGUGUGCCCAAGGAAUUAACCCACGACUUGUGGUAAGGUUAAAACAUUUAAAUACAGUAUCUUUAUUCUUCAUUUUCUGGCUGUAACAAUAAAAAUAACUGUUCAAAACAAUAAGUUCUGAGAUCUCUGCAGUUUCAAAUUGAAAGUUUUCUUUUUUUAAUUUACCAAAUCUUUGAACCCUCUGCUAAUUUCUCUGCAGAAUUCAAGUCGCUCCUCUCAGCUGCCAACCAUGGGAUUCCAUGUGUGAGUAAUAAGCAUUUUAUGUUAAAUAUAGAAUCACUGCUUUGCUUUUGUGUAAGAAAUUUCAAUAAAAUUUUGACAUACAACUCUUAUUGCUCCCAGUUCUCCAAAUUUAUGGUACAUCCAGUCAUGGAUGUUUGCAGGUGUCACAUUCAGGUGUUCCUCUUCACCACAUGUUUUCAUUCUCAUUUAGUGACACCAUAAUGUCAUAUAAUAUUGUCUCAAUUUCAGAAUGAGUACAGCUGAAAGACUGAUUUUUGAGCAAUCUCUGGGCCAACCAGUGGAAAGUCUGCAUAAAAUGAAGCAUCAAGUAAGAUUGUUUGUAAUUUUUUGUAAUGACUGCAAGGGGCUUAAAUAAAGUCUCUGCUCCCAGUAGAAACCAAACCCUUGACUUUCCUUAGCCUUGCACUCUAAGUUUUGCCCCUUCUUGUACAUCCUUCCCUUCUCAUGUGUCUAAAUUCCUUGUUCCCCUUUCCAUUAUGAAACACCUCCAUGUAGGCUAGACUUUCACAGACUAUCCAAGUGCUUCUAGACUCUCAGCAGUGGAGACACUCAUAGUGAGAUUGAGGCCAUUAACUAGGUUUUUAAUAAUGCGGUACAAAUCCUGUGCACAGCAAGGACAUACUGCAAUUGUCAAAACUCUUCUGUGUAAAUAGAUUUUAAAGCAUCUAUUAACAGUAAACAGGACAGAAAUGAAGGUAGUAAUUGCCGAUGUGAUUAACUGUGUUUGCCCCCCCCCCUUUUCAUGGCACAUAUGGCUCCUUUGGCAUUUACUCAAUAAGUCUGAAGCAAGUCAGUAGGGUUAAUAAUCCCACCCUGACUUUGUACGCCCUCUUUCAUAACAAACCCAAAAUGAGCUGUUUGCUGAGUCUUGUAAACAGCCAAGCAUAUUCUAUCUGACUUCUGCCAUUUGGAAUGCUAACUGUUACAUUAUUGUUACUUACUUUUAUUAUUCUGAUGUUCAUGGUUUCAGGCUGCAGCUCAGAGUAGGAAGAAUCAAAUUAAACUUGGUGGGCAGACCAUCAUUAACAAAGGGUAAAAAUGCUUAUCAACUUACUCCAUUUGUUUUUUAAGUUUUUUUGUGGUAACAAGAAGUGGUAUGAGCAAAGCAGUCUACAUUGUGACCUUGUGUUAAAACUUGAAACUUAUUGGAGGGAAAGUACUUGCUUUUAGGUGAUUGCAACUUCCAGUGAGAAUGCCGUAGAUUAAGAUGCCACCAAAACAAAAUCUUGAUCCCUUUAAAAUAGAAAGAAAAGAGGGCAGUUAAUGAAAUCUACCACAGUUAACAACAAGGAGCACCAUUGCAUCUCAUGUUGUUGGUCAGCAUACAACAUAACUGUAAUUUGCUUAUCUAUGAAGCACCUAAGAGUUCUUGAAAACAUAUUCAAGUGUGUCCCUGUAUUCCAGAUGGAAUUGGAAUUCGGAAGUGUUGGUUUUUGAGGAGGGUAAAAAAACAGAGUACAUAGAGAAAAACCUCUCAAAGCAAGGGAGAUAACCAACAACAAACUCAACCCACAUACGGCGUCGAUGCCAAGAUUUGAACCAGGGCAUCAUUGUUGGGAAGCAAGAGCUCUGUUUUCACCACUGUGCUCCCCUUGUUCCCCUACACUAGAUUUCUCCUAUUUUCUUUCAGGUAUAGAAUGCCUGUUAUAAGUCGUGUGGUAUCGCCCAGUAAACCAAGUGCACCUGCCAUGCCAUCACAUGUUCCAGAAGCAAACCAUGUUGUAAACCUUAACAGCAAGGCUAGUAGCAAACCUAUCAGUAGUGUAGCCAUUCACUCAAGAUGUUGCUGUCGACACCACAAACAGGGCAAUGAUCAAAACGCGACGUUGAAAUCAAGGUCCUCUGACAGUUUAACCAAAGAGGUACAUAUAUUUAGGCUUUCUUUUGUUUUUUUUUUUGGUGUUCAAAAAUUAUUGUUAAACUGGACAGAAAUUUUAGAUGGAUGUUUUUUAAAUGCUCUGAUGUACUGACGUACUUCGUUCUUGUUUUGUGUAUGUAUUAACUUUCUUAGACACAAAUAUGUCUCUUUUUACUCUGUUAUUUGGCUUAUUAAAUUAGAGUACUCCCUCAUUAAAUUUCUUUGAUCAGUCUUUGUCUUAAUGCAAAGCUCUUUAACUUGUCUUCCAUGAGUACUAUUCUACAGUAUAUGCCUUUUAGAUUCACUCUAACUCUUUUCCUCUGCCCUAAACCAGUUCAAAUUUUGAAAAGGAAAGUGUAAUGAUGUCAAUUCUCCUGACAAAAUAGCCAACAUUUCACAAUGCAACCACUGGUUUCCCCGCAAAAUGACCUCUGAGAAACGUGCACAGAAAUUCCACACUGGCAAGGUGUCACUACUGAGAUGUGGGUAGCGCUAAUCUGAUUGGUCAUGUCGCAUGGAAAAUUUGCUUCAGCCAAUCAGAAGUACUAUCCAUGCCAGAUCUGGGUAGUAAUGCGUCAUCAGUAUGGAAUUUUUGCAGCGGUUGCUCAGAUGUCAUUUCGUUGGGAAGCCAGUGGUGGCGUUGUGAAAUGUUGACUGUUUUCUCGGGCUUCUAAAUCUCUUCAUCACGAAUUAGCCACAUGUACAUGUGUUAGAAUUUAGCUGCUGCAAACUCUUUAAUUGUGGCUUACUAAAUAACAGACUGUACAAUCAUAUACUGUUAACAUCUCUGGUACUGUAAUUCAUUCUGAUGCUCAAUGGACAUACUUUCUAGAUUUAUCCGGUCUAUAUUUUAUUUGUAUUAUUUUCACAUCAGGACUGUUUCUUUUGCUGUUUUGUUUUUUCAGAGAGUUUCUAGAGGAAAGAAAGAAGGAUCUGUGAUCAAUCAAAAUAUUCAUGGUAACACUUUUAGUGGUGAGAAAAGAGUAAAACCUACAGACAGACCUCCUCCCAAAAAACUGCCAUCACCAAGUGGUAUGAAAACAAUAUACCGUAUUUAUUCGAUUAACCGCCCUGGGCGCUUAUUAAAUUUUUGGAUCUUGAGAGUGGGCGCUUAUUCGAGGUGGGCGCUUAUUCGAGGCUGGGCGCUUAUUAAAUUUUCACCAUUUUCAGCAAGUGAAGUAUGUUUAUUUUGCAAGUCUCUUAUUAGAAUUUAUUCACUCAAGUGGGUGGGGUGGGGGUGAGCGCUUAUUUGAGUUUGAAUGGGAGGAGGAGGGGGUGGGCGCUUAUUCGAGGCUGGGCGCUUAUUAACUUUUUCCGCCUUUAGGAUGGGCGCUUAUUCGAGGUGGGCGCUAAUUCGAGGUUGGGCGCUUAUUCGAAUAAAUACGGUAUGCCUCCUGGCUUUUUAACCUAAUGCUACAAUAUACUUCCAACUUGUUUAAUCACAGAUGUGGGUUUGGGGUGUUGUGUGGGGCGUGUGGGAGUUAGAGAUGAAAGAUCCCUCUGAUCAUGAAAAGAUACCCAUUUGAACCAUCCCAAAACAGACUGCUAGAGAUGGUUUCUGUUGUUUUUCAGUCAUUCUUAGAGAUCUUUAGAUUUGAGUAAGGAGACCGAGAGGACAGGAUUUAACUUAAAGUUUUUUCCCAUAAUCUUAGAAAAUAGACACCCUGGAAACCUUCAUUUUACUUCUUUCACUGGAAAAGUUAUCACAGAUAAGCCCUCUCCUGAUCGAAAAAUGAAAGCAUGCACUUCUAACAUUCUAUAACUUGUUUCUGGCACUCGACCCUUCUGCCUAAAACAUCCGAUACUGGUUCAUUCACCCUCACUAAUCAGACUAAUCAGUAUUAAGAAAAUCUUGUCCUUGUAGUCGUGCAUCCUUGCCGUGGAAUCCAAAGGUCUUUAUUGACUCUCAAAAAGGCAGAAACCUACCUUUGAUGGUGCACUUAGUGUCAGAUCCAAAAGUAUCCAUCUUACUCUAGAAAGGGUUGUACAUGAAUGUGUGCAAAAUAUUUUUGCUAAUGAACAGUGACAAUUCUCUACUGGAUGAUUCUAACGCUAUGAGCUAAUGGUACAACUUAAAUUCUCAUUCUCUUGUAGGAUUUAUUGUUGGACAGCCAAGGAGAAAGGUAAAAUUAGUCAUCUAUUUUUCACUUAUGAGUUUGUGUCUUAUAUAAACCUGCACUAUAAGCACUGUUAUAAAAAUGUUUUUGCUCUCUUCAGUUAUCAAGAGUGAAGCACAAAGGCAUUUUUCAAAAUGUUGUUUCUCUCUUUUCCUCAUUCUAGAGCAAACGGGUAAAUGUGCUUGCCUCAGAUAGUAGCUCCAGUAUUCAAGAGGAAAGAAAGAGAGUUAAAAAAUCUGUACCAAAACAAACGAAACAAAAACGUUUAAAAUCACCAGAGCAUAAAAGUACAGAAAUACUACCCACUUCAACUGAUCCAGCAGAGGAAAGUACAAAGGAAUUAAUGAUAUGUGUUGAGGAUGCAAAACAGAUCUCAGUGUUUGAAGAUGUGUCUAAAGAACCAGAGGAGUUGAUGGAAGUAGAAUAUCUUGAUGAGCAAAAAGAGUCUUACAACAGGCAAGUGUCAGUUUUGCUGUGUUAAAGAUAUGCACACUCCACUUUUUCACUCCAUGUUCGUUUGCAGAUAUCCCUAACCUUCCCCCCCUUAUCGUAUUGAAUAAUUAUUUUCUCUUCAUCCUCUUCAGUGCAUUUCGGAGAAGUCCAAAUUUCUCGUUUUGAACAAUGGCAAAUAUGACGUUGGUUGUAAGAUUGAAUUCCCGUGACAAAACGGUCUUACAAGUUUCUCAACGUGUUUAGCUUUUUAUUGCAGAGAGCAGCCUGAUAGUUUAGAUGUUAUAUCAGUGAGGUCUGCAACAACAUGUGAUCCAAGGCGAUCAGCUACACCCAGACUUUUGAAGGUAAUAGAUUUAUUGGCAUUUUCUAAUCGUACUAUGAUGUUCACUUAGCCUCUAGAGCAGCCUUUAGCGAAGUGGCAAACGUCUGCUGGUAAAUCCUGCAACCAUCGCAGCAGGAAAAGGUCCUUUUCAGCAGCUCGAAGAUUAAAAACAUGGCUCCAUUCAACAAUGACUAAAGAAAGGUUCUAAACAGCCGUAAGGAGAGAACGGAAAUUCCUUAAGUGAAUGAAACACGAAAAUUAUGAUGCUGCUGUGCAUGGUUACACUUUUCUGUUACUGACUCCUUUCUCGUUUGGUAAACUAUUAAAAAAACGAUUGAUGAGUUGUAACUGUAUUAAAAAAUAUUGAGUCGACACCAGGUAACCAUUUUUAAAGUCCACCACCCCCGCUAACUACACUUUAAAAGGGGUGGAUCGGCCCCCGCACUUUGAAAACUGCUGCGCGGGCCCUGAUGGGAGAUGCACACGACUAGUUAGUAGUAUAGUGAGGGUGAAGUUGUCCUUUUUCGUGGAUUCUCAUAAUUUUUUUUUCUCAGCGGUGUCAUCAUAGUUAAUGGUCUCCAACUUAUGAAUAAAAUUUGUAACAACUUAUUUGUUAGUUUUGUCUUCUUUUUUGGUUAUAUCAGGUUGCCUCUGAAGUGAAAACUGAUCCCACCUUAGCUAAAGUUUUUCAGAAGUUAGACACUGACUGUGAUGGGUAAGUCAGUAAAUAAAUAGAUAACCUGUAAGCAAGCUCUCGGGAGCGAGACCAGGGGAGGGAGAAGAGCAUUUUCUCCCCACCUUCACUUCCCAGAAGCUUGCUCACUGACUAGUUUAAAAGAGCUUGAAUCAACAACAGAGUGAUUGUGAGGUCUGUUAACUUCAACAUGUUCGCCUGAGAGAAUUCUUGACGCGCGAAAUGAAAACCCGCAAAAGGAAAGAGAUGUCCUUUCUUAUUUGCGCCCGUAAUUUCCCAAGCGCCUGCUGAGCUGUAGGCUAUUUAGUACUUAAUUUGGUAUAUCCCUAAACUGGGAGUGUUCCCCCAUUUGUCCUCAGGGAUAAUAGAGCGAGCGAAACGCGAGCGCGCGUGAUUUUCACGCGCGCUCGCGUUUCGCCCGUUCUACUAUCCCUGAGGAAAAAUGGGGGACUACUCGUAGUCUAGUAUAUUCCCCCAUCUUAACCCAUUCGAUCCUGGAGAUUUUGCCGAAAGACGCGUUUUGAAGCUAGUCGAGUGGUUUUCUGGUCACUGUCGUGCUAUAAAGAGCUAAAACUUACCACAAACCGGUUUACAUGUCGUUCACUUGGCGGCCUUCUGAUACAGAUGCAAAAUAUCAGCUUGUGAAGUUCGGGCAUACGCAGAAAGCAAAAUUUCGAGAUUUUUUUAAAAGUGACACAGCAGUCUUGACUUUUACUUUUCGCUUUCUCUCCUCCCUUCUUUUUUCGCUUUUCUUGCCUCAUUUUUUUUUCUCGUGCUGGGCAUCUAGUAGGCUUCAUUUUGGUGGGAAGAGUUUUUAGGAAAGCUUUUAGGAUCUUAGGAUUAGGUGAAAGGAAAGGUAGGUGGGUAAUGGAACAAGAUUUUCAUGGAGAUUUUCAGGUCAAUGUCACUGGUUUUUUGCUUCUUUCUCCGGUGCCCUUGACUGAAUUGUGCUCAUUCUGGUAUGGUUUGAAAGAUCUCUUCACUUUGCACAAGUUAGCGAAGAAAGUUGUCCUUGACCGUUAAAACUGAUGACGUCACAAAGGGUAGAAAGGACCUGGAUCCGCACGGGCGGUUACGGGCGGUUCAGGGGCGAAGGGUUAAAGCAUCGGUAUCUAUUUUCCUAUGCACUGCAUUUGCUGUUUUAUGUUUCAGACACAUUUCGUUCGCUGAACUUAAGAAAAGUCUACCAACACAUCUAUCAAGUCACCAAAUAAAGUAUUUGAAGAAGGUAGGGUAAUUCAUUAUAAGAAAAGAACCAACCGCUGCGGUUGAGAUUCUAUAAAAAUGACAUUUAUUAUGUUUUUAUGUGUAAUCACUUGUAUAAUUACCCACAAAAAUCAUUGAUCUUUGCUAAAUUGGUUAUCAAUCAAUCUUCCCACUACCUACGUUAGAAACGUAUAGGGAAGUUGGAAAUAGGAAUUCAGAGUUUGACGACACAUCAGGAACGUAGAUAGGACAGACCAGAGACAGUAAAGCAUACAAUGUAAACCGACGUCAAUGGGGACCUUAAGAGUGAUUUUCUGUAAAAUUCGAACUUCGGCCUGACACGGUACCACAUCGAUUUGGCUGAUCUUUGGCAUGUAGUCUUAGAAUGGUGUCCUAAAUACUGAAUGCAUAUUCUAAGGUUCGAAUUCUCGUUGGUUUCAAAGAUACAGGAAUGACAGUUUUGACGAGGCCUCGAGCGGCCGCCAUGUUGGUGAACUGAAGGAGAUUUACAGUAAUUAAUUCUAGCCUUAUCAUUAAAAUAACUUAAUCGUGACUCAUACAGUUGCAAAGAACUAUCCUUCCUCCUUUCAUUUACCUACUGUUAUCUGAAAAUGGUUAAGCCUGAGCUACGAAAGGCUAUAACUUCUCACAGUACUUUUUCGGUACUUAAACGGUACACAAAUUUGGUAGAAAUUGGAAGGCCAAUAUCACCCAUGCCACAUCGAUUUAGACUAAGCCAUUUUAACUAAACAUAGUUUGUUUAUAGCUAAGUUAGAUUGUUGAAUAAAAUAAUUGGGCAAAUGCAACGGAACAGAAAUAUGAUUGCAUGAAUGCGCAGUGGUUCAGCCACUUGGCCGCUAAAACUUCAAAACAAAAUUCGGUGAAUAUUUGAAAAGAAACUUCUUUAAAAAUUGAUCGUGCCUCUUAAACCCUAUCUAUCGCUUAAAAAACCCUCCCUUGUAAUGUAAACAGAUGAUCUUUUGAUUCUGAUCUUGCGAAGAGCUUGAAAUAUGCGCUAAAAUGAAAAUUAUAAAUUUUGUUACACACGGUACUAGCUCAAGUUCGCUCUUCGAUUUCCCAGACCAAUCGGGAGCCGCUGGUGUACUGCACAGUUACAAUUUUCUCUGUAGUAUUUCGCUGUAUACAGCUACAAAUUACAUAUUUUCUUAGGCAAAGAUAACGCAAACGUUGUCAAUUUUAAUCAAAAGGCUAGAAAAACCAACCGUGCACUGUAGCUUUAUGCAAAUUGUAUGGUAUUCGAUAAUUACACGUGUAAACAGGAACCUACCUUUGCUAAUGUAGACUGUUUGGCAGAUCUUUCCAGCGUAAGAUAUAAAACUAGUACAUGAAAUGAAAUUAAAGAACUCAUCAAGUCAAAUUACCUGAUCGUACCGUCAUUACUGAAUAAUAAGUCCGCAAAAUAUGACAUGGAAUGAUCGGUGGGAGACGAAGCUAUUUUUUAGGAGGACAAGGAACUGCACGCUGGAACGGAACUGAAAUGAACAACCGCAAUCAAGUUCAGUCUUCUUGACGCUAUUAAACGUUUCACCCGAAUUUGAACAGGAAGUUGUUUUCUAUUUUCUUUCUCAUUCUUGCAUGUAUUCUGCAGUUCGCCCACUAUUUUUUCGUAACUUUUAAUUUUCUAGCUAACUGGAACUUUUAAGAACUACCAACCCCUCCCCUCCCCCUCUUUGAGUGAACUUUCAUUCGGUCUGAUUCACAAUAAUUUUCGAACGGUGACAAAGUGAUAUUUGAAAUGACAUUUUAUUUAGUAUUUUUAAAAGCUCCUUCUUUUUUUCCCGAUAGCCAGGAAUGUUUUGAACGUGAAGGCUCAAGUGGCGGUGUUUUUCACAACUCUACUUGUAGACUGACCUCACCACCAGUACCACGGACAUAAAAUCUGAUCGGAGAGGGUCAUACAGUAACUGAUGGGUCUCUGAAAAGCGAAAUGCAGUCACUUGGGGCGAGUAGGCUAUAUAGAUGAUGAACUCAUUGUUUAUAACCCCAUAACCGUAUCCCAAAAGUCGAGCCAGCCCGGGGCGAGCGAACACAAUUUUGGGGCCACUGGCCACGCCCUUUUCCCUCGGGAAAUUGGUUGAUUAGUCAAAUCUCCUUAACUCCACGACCAUGCACCUUUCCAAAUAUAGUCCUUCUUAUCAUCAUAUAGUUAGGGCCUCCCGUAAGCAUUUGCAACUAUUUUGAUUUGUAGAAGACUGUUUAACAGUUUUCAUUACUUUAAUGUCUCGUAAACAACACGAGGUACAUGUUCUGAUCUCUCCCCCCCACCCCCCAUCCAUAACAAAAAAUUUUCAGACCAACACUGAAUUGCAUGAAGGUAUGUACAAAAAUAUGACCAUCUCGAGGCAAGGUUCAUCACUGUAACUUACCACAUAAAAGCCUUUUCGUUGUUUGCCCUCGACUGAUUCUGUUCUGAAUACUAAGGUCCCAUAAACAACGCCACGUUUAGAAAGAGCCCGCCCUUUUCAAUCCAAGAAAACCCAAGUAGCGAUUUCACCAACGGACAUAAGCCGUAAGAAAAGGACCGCGUCAAAUAGUUCAUGAAAUCACAAACGCCUCAUGACACCUUUAAUUUACUCUUUCUUCGAUAAACUAAUUUUUAAUUUUUUAAGCAUAAAUGACAUCAGAAUGCGCGAUUAUGAGCAUUGUAGCUUAUGAAAAGAAAAUUUAACACCUGAUGCACAUGAAAGCGUCUAAAAAGGGGACUAGGGGGAAUUAGGAACAUUGUGCUUACCGCUGGAAAAAUAUUGGCUAGUUCUUUGAAUAGACUCAAUUAAAGCCGUUUUUGUUCAGUAAGGAGCUGUUAGAUGAGGGGAAAGCUACAUGAAGUAGAUCGCAUCAGAAUACGGCAUAGGACUAGGCUCUCAAAAUCGAUAAGCUGAAUUCAAGACCAAUUAUUAUGUAAAACAGAGAAAAAUUCCUUGAGGGAAAAAAAUUAUGGCUAGGGAAAAGACCCGAAGGUGGAAAGUUAGGAUGGUAGCUUCUUUUCAGGUAAUCGAUCAUUUACGUUAACUUCCGCUAUCCGACGGGCACAUCGGAAAGACUGAAUGGAUGAGAGUGUAACACAUUCAAGAAGAAACAAAUUUGUGAUUUUGCACAACUCAAUAAAAUAACUAAAAUUGUGUACUACUCGGUUAUACAAGAUAUUUGUUUUCAAUUUCAGAUUUUUACGAUGGGGCAUUAGCCCCUGUACUCACUAGACACUACUUUACAAUCAUCGUGUUAAAAUCAGUGAAAGACUCCAAAACAAUUUGGAUUCCUACCCCUAUAUCUUUAUUAAAAAUUAAAGUUGGGAAGUUUUUUGUUUUCUAAAAGUAGUUUGAACAGCCGAACGACAUUUUUUUACACGGAGUGGGGAAGGCAAAGCUUCACUGAUCUCUUCUAAGGUAGAAAGUGUCAGCAAAACAUGAGAGUCGUCCUUGAGGGUAAAGUGUCUAACCUAAUUUUCUCACCGAUUGCAAGUGCCAUUUCAUCCACGCAUAACAUCACCUAGUUAACAGAAUUAGCAAAUGUAGUGGGGAAACGUUGCGAGAGAACUGAGUAAGAUGUUAGGGUAAGUUUUGGAAAUUUUCCGCACACCUGGAAAGUCCUGGCUACGCUCCUGAUAGAGACUUUUGCUGGAGAGAAAUUGAAACAUGUUCGCUAAUAUAGUGACGACCAGAAAGGACAAGCCAUAGGAUAGUUCCAGAAAACCACCCAUUAAAAUAGAUCACGAAGUUGUCGCGGCGGAGGAUGAACUUGAAGGCAUCUGAUGAAUUGCAGUUUUUCAAGGGAGCCCAGACAAGAUUAUGUACGAUGGGCACAGCUUGUUUGAUCUGGAAAAUUUAGAGAAGCUCAAGGCAAAUCGCUAGACAACACAUGCUAGAGCUGAACUAAAAAUCUUUUGCGCCUUUGAACUCUGUCCCUAAGAGUAAAGGAGAAAGUUUCCCUUUAUCAAUGCAUUAACCGAGUUGAUUAUGAAUGUCUCCUGGACGUCUUACUAACAAGCACAUUACCACUACUUGCCCUCAGAGGCGUUUUUCAUUUGACGAGCAGAGAAAAUUAGGUUUUGACUGUUUGAAAUUCUGGAUGCCAGAGUGAAGACGCCUUUUGUAUGAUGACGUCAUCGUCCUACAGUAAAAAGCGUUCGUUUUUUACCGCUGAUAUUACGUCAAUCGGUACACGAAAGGUCCGUGAGCAUGGUAAAUGAUUUUACCUUAAACUGCAGACACAUCUUCAAUCACUCCUUACUGUUCGCGAUAUCGGAUAAACACUCUGGUCUCUAACUGAAUUUUCUUUGCUGUUUACUUUAUUUUGAAUAAGGACUGUCUUGAGUUGUCCAUGCAUUGUCUAGCGAUUUUAAGCUUUUUCAAGGAAACAAAAAUCUGGAAUUGUCCCUAGGGUGAGGCAUUUGCGCACAGUUUUAAAGCCCCUCGGCCGGGUGACUGUGGUUUUUGCUGUCCCGAGCUCAUCCCUCAUUCUUCUUAACCCCUUCCAAACCAAUUUUUCUGUUUAUCAAGAAUCUCCUCAAAACGGGCCUCGUGAUUGAGACAAAAUACCUGAAAAUUGUACACGGAACCGUUGUUAACGGUGUACAAGGUAGAAUGAGUCUAUUCAUUACUUUGCCAACGCCCAAUUUUUAAAAUCGGAAGUAAUGAUGUUUAUUUCAAGGGCUCAUGUCUCAUGAGUUUUGAGUAAAUCUUCAAACGCUGUAAACACAUGUAGCUGGAACUAUCAUCGCAUCGAUCCUCGCUCACUAAUAAUGAUAACUUAUAUCAACUUCCAUUAUUUAUUGCCUGCCUAAGAUUUUCACGGAUUCUUCAGUUCAGUUGUUUGAAACCAUGCGGUUUCACGUGAGUUGUAACGCCAGGCAAGGAACGUGACGACCCGCGAUAUAUUCCUUUUUUUUUUCGAUCAAGGUGGAAACUGGCAACUUUGUCGUCGAGUAAGGUAAUACAUCUCAAUUUUCAUUACUAUGGUUAAUUUUAAAAGCUCUGGUUUCGGUAAAGGAACUGGAGGAAAAUCAGGAAAAUUCCAGUUCGACUGUGAUGGUUGAAUUUUGUUUACGCGUCAUAGCAUAAACAUAACAAAUUCAUUUUCCUUUUCCUUAUACAAUCUGCCUUUUUUUUAUACUGUUUUUCGCAGCAGAGUUAUCGAUUAUAUUACAGAGGCUAAUUUUAUUACACAGAUCACUCAGAUUUAAUGACAGAAACUCUAUUAUCGAUUGUAAUUUUGGCAACACCUGGCGAGUAUUCGGUGUACAGAUUAUUGACAAAGUCGCUAGAACAGUCUUCUAUUCAUUACUUUUGUUCCGCUCCGUUAAAUUUGCCCAAUUUUUUUAUUAAUGAACUCGAUUUAACUACAAACAGUGAGUAUUCAGGCAGAUUGGCAAGCUUCAAUGCGAUGUGGCAAAAGAGAUAUACGCCUUUAAAAUUCUGUUAAUUUUGCGGGUGUAAAAAAUUCAAAAAGUAUACCCACCAAAAGUUUAAUCGAUCGUUGCGAAAACUUUAUCAAUUUCGAAGUAGUUUCUAAAAAAUACAAUAAAGAGGGAUUGUUCUUUCAAUCUGUAUUGGCAAAGGAAGAUUAGCUUUGAAGACAGGGUUGUAGUCGAAGGCUCAAAAGCAGCUUCUAUUAACCAAUAUGGCGCCGGUCCGAGGCACCCAAAAACCGGCCAUGUCGAUAAUUUCCGAAGUAGGAGGAAUUAGAACCUAAAGUUACCUAUUCCUUAUUAAAGACCUCAAAUCAAGUCUACAUGCCAAUUUUUAGCCAAUUCGGUGAGAUAGUGUGGCAGCGCCUUUUUAAUAUAGCUCGAAUCUUACAGACAACUGCUCUUAAGUAGCCUGAAAUUCAUCCGAUUGCUUCGAGUCGUUUUCUCCUCAACCGAGGGAGUAAUAACGACUCAAAGUAAUCGGAUGAAAUUCAGGCUGGAACUUAAGAUCCAACAACUCCAUUGCCUUUAAAAACUUCUCUGAAAAACAGACUUCGUAUCCUUUUUGCGAUUAUUCCAAGUCGACCCAGAAAGCCUGAUGCACUUGCAGAGUUUUUGCUUUGCUUGUUAAACCUAUUGCUUUUUUUGACAUUCCCGUUGUCGUCGUCGCUGUCGUAGUUCUGUUUUGUCUCUAAUAGAGACCUUAAGAUUCUAAGACGAGUUAUAAAACGAGUACGACUACAAGUAGGAGAUUUUCUCAAUACUAAGUGGUGCACGCGCGUGAACAAGCGUCAUUUUGGUGGGAAUACGUGGUAGCCGCCGUCACUCUUCUACGAGUUUUAGCGCGAAUGUCGUGGUAGCAAAAACAAGAUAUCAAUGUUAGAAGAAGUUUUAUCAUUUUGCGGUGGGGAAAGCGCGUAACCCUCUUCACUAAAGGUAACAGUGCUAACUUUUUUAGUGAAAUAUAGUAAAAUAAAGUUCUCCGUGAAGUCUAUAUUUUGAGAAUACGCGAAGAAACUUCACGUCAAAUGUCGUACUCGUAGUCGUUCUCGUCCUGGAAUCGAAAGGUCUCUAAAGUGUACUAUCUUCUUUCUCUUUCAGAUUUAUGACAUGGCUUGUGAGAGCACAUUCUUUGGUCUUGAAGAGUUCACUGCUACUCAUCACAUGUGUAGUCUUUUAACCAAUUCAAGGUAAACAUGUUAAAUGUUUACACUGACAAUUACCCUCUGCAGUCUCAGUACACUCAAAGGCAUGAUUGUUUUUUAUAUAUACAGCAAGGGUGAUUUGCUUUCACAACGCUACUACUAGUUUGACCAGUUCUUUUUUACCAUCGUUAUUCGUGUGCUACAUGUAUCAUUGUGUAGACUGCGAGCAAUAUCUUAUUGCUUUUUUGAAGUCAGUGGGUGUAACGCAUCGCGCGCGGUGUAACCUGAGAUCAGGCGUAUUUUUUUUUUCAGAUUACAGAGAUAAAGGGAGAGGGCAUGAUCGCAAGCUACGCGCGGUGUGCUGUGAGACGCGAGACACGAGGGUGUCAGCCGGAGAAACCCUCGUGGCCGUCGCGCGGGAUGUGUAUGACCCCACUAACGUUAAGAAAAACAAGACAGUACUUGCAAUCUAAUAAUGGCGGUUUUGUUUUUUUUUUUUUACCCCGUAGCCCAGUGGUUUCACACGCAAUGAGUAAUUUAGAUCUCUCAACGAUGGAGGACUGGCUUACUGCUUUUAUGGUAUGAAUUUUAGCUUUGUUCGUUUUAUUGCUUUGUUUUGGGAUAUUUUCUCUCGUUCGAAAGAAUUCUUUUCUCUUAGAGAAGCUGGUAAUUGGUAGUAUAACUUAUAAACCUCUACAAAAAAACCCAGACCUUUAGUCAGCUCAUGAACGUCUUUUUGGGUUGUGUCUUUCUAUAAUGCGACCUUUACAAUUAAAGUGUGAGUUUAAGCUUUGAAAUCUUUUGUUGUUGUAGUUGUUGUUGUUGUUGUUGUUACUAUAUCGAGGACACAAUUCAGGUACAUUUUGCGUGAACAACUUACAUCAAGAUAUCAUAAUAGGACCUAUUAACUAUGAUCUCUUGCUUUACAUAUAUGUUGAAAUUUCGGUUGUAAUUUCCUUCCUUUUGUUCUGGAUUAACGUGUUCCAGUGACGUGACAUAAAGAUCUGGUGCGAAAGUUGCGGAAAUGUUAAAUUUAUAGGCAGGAAGAACUAGAAGUGCCAUUUGGAUUCGUUCUAACUAGGGAUCUAAGUCUAACUUUUCCGGUUGAACAAACUAAAAACGUAAGCGUUGUUAUUUUAUAAUUUUCACCAGAGGUAUCUUGAAUUUUUUCGUUAAUGUAUAACCUGGUCGCAGAUGUAUGGCUCUUUGUCGCCGCUUCACAAAAAGAAUCCAACCUUUAUCCGAGGAUGGCGACGGGGGAGAAAACGUCACUUAAAAAUUUGUUGAAUUCGUAAGAACAAUACACAAGUUCAGAAAGAGAAAAGAAAAUUUCGUCGUCGCUUGUUUACGACUUCCAUAAUACGUGAACGUAGGCAUUUUCCCGUCGUAUUCGUGCAGUGACGGCGAAGAAAUGUACAAAAAAGCGUGAUGCACGUGCAGAGUUUUGGUUUUGCUUAUUAGACCUAGCUUUUUUACCGUUCUCGUUGCCGUUGCUGUCGUCGGAUCUUAAGGUCCCCCAUUGAAUCCGAGUGAGGAAGACGGUUCUGGAACCAAUUUUGUACAGGUCAACAAACAUGGUUUCCGGCGUUCGUAGCAACAAUCGAUGACAAAGUUGUUUGCGGGACUGUCCUCAAAUCGGGUAUAUUUCGGAAACGAAACAAUCUGGACUCCAGCCCCUUUGACCAAAGUUGCCUUUUUUGUUGGUAUCUAGUCUAUCUAGAAGAGCGACACAAGAUUGUUUAUGGCGAAAGGGAGACCUGUGUUUUUCCUUUUAGUAGCAUAUCGGGUCGGGAAACGUGUAAAAGGUCGUUGAGGACGUCCGGUAAUGAUGUAACUCAUUUUUAAUUGUCAAAAUAUUAAAUAUAAGAAUUAGCGAGUAGGGAUUUCCUUUCGGCUUUGAAGAAGUCACGAGCUAGUCUCCGUUAAUGUUUUUCUUUUUCUGUUCCUUUUGACAGGAAUCGUUUGCUAAAUCAGACAAACAGCAGAGUGGAGUCAUAGACUUGCCAUCAUUUGUGGUAAAUUUCUUGUGUUAACUCAUGUUUACUUUGAACUAUUUUAACCCCCUUCCUUGCCUAUUUUAAAGUGUUUUAGUGUAAUUCUUAUCUCAUGUGAGUAAUUUUCAUAAGAGCCGUUUUCUUUGCCAUGAAUACGGCCGGCUGAUUCGAGAAAAAGGUUGUCACGUGAACUCGAUAUCGCUUAGGCUAAUUAAUGAUGCCGAAACGUUCUGUGGGAUCACAUCAAUAAAACUGAAUAAACUCUUACACCCAAACUGUUUCGACCGUAAAGUGACGGCCUUCGACCUUAGUCUUUCCGUUCGAGUGUUAUUUUUGUUUUCUCUAUUUUUCUUUUACUGAAACGCUCAGUCAAAGUUAAACUGAAAACUUUUCAAAAUCCUCUUAAGCACUGGAAACAAGUGAAACUGAAACGAUCAGUCAGAGUUAGACUGAAAGCUUUUGAUAAUCCUUUUAAGCACUGUCGCGUGCACAGCUUGCAUUUUCUCUCUUGAAUCCGCAGCUGUAUGACAAAGGUUGAACGGAAGCGUUACCCCCGAUCAACAACGCGUGGCCUGAAAUAGGAUAAAAAAAACUCCCAUUUCUACUGUCUAGUUUUAAAAGGAGGCUUUCCUGUUCGGAACUUGCGGGAUACUUUUAAGUACAAGAAAUAAAAUUUCCGGCAGUCCUCCAGCAGUGAAAGCAAAACAUAGCACCGAAGUGUCAAUCUUGAAGGCUGUAGAAACAAAGACAAGUACGAAAAAGUUUCGAGAAUUUAUUUUUUUCAACAAAAACAAGCAAAUACGUUAGUUGGCCAUAUGAUAAAGCCUUUAUUGACCACGUUUGCUUGAUCAAGAUGGCUCAGUGGGUAUUGGUCUUUUUCUUUCUCUUCAGGUUUUCUUUUCUUGUUCCUUGCCUUGCUAUGGACAUUUCAGCUCAAAGCAAUGCCAAAAAAAAAAGAAGUUGGCCCAUAUCCUUUCAUCUUGACCAAACAUACGUGCUGAUUUAGUAACUCAUGUAUUGUUUGCCAUACAUCCUCUUUUGCUUUUCUUUACCACAUCUCCAACACUAAUCAAUGAAUAGUAUCACAGACUAAUAGUUUAUCUGUCCCUGGUUGAGUAUGAACCACUCUGUAUUUUUCGUAUCUUUUAUUAUUAGAAAAUGCUUGCCUCUGUUGUCAACGUUCAUCCAGAUUCCUUCGUUAUUCAGAAAAUUCUUGACAAUUUGGGCAAGGUAAGUCCUUAACCGCCUGAGAGGCGUAUGACCACAUUUGUUGUUUCUUGAAAACUCCCAUAAAAGGCUAAAUCCAUGCCAGUCCCCUAACUGUAUUUCUGAAAAGAGACCCGCCCCAGAAUAAGCACUGCCUUUAUUUCAAUCAUACCUGCUUUACAUUAUCAAUUGCGUCGAAAUAAUAAUGGCAUAUUGUUAGAAAGUCCACGGCUUAGAACGAAAAGGACUAUGGGGGAUCGAUCGUUUAUGGUGGCGACCCCAGCCCUAUGGAACAACCUUUUUUUGCCAAUAAGACAAGCUGAAACAUUGAUUCUUUUAAACGUUUACUUAAUACUUAAAUAUAGUUUAUAUAUAUAUAUAUAUAGAUAGAUAUAUUUUUGACCUUAAAGACUAGUUAUUAUUGUAAUUCGCCUUUUAGAAAGGGCGCACUAUAAAUAAUAGAUGUAGUUGUUAUUAGUUUUUAUUGAAAGCGAAUAUUCAUACGCCCCGCAUCCUCCAGCAACACUGAAUGUGGCGCUUAUUACCUUUUGUUACUGCUAUUUACAGCAUUUGUACACGCAACCGUCGAAACUAACUAUUUUUACGUACUUUCUAUGCUAUCUGUGUCAUUUCUGAGCAAAAGAAAGGAAGCGAAAGAUUGUGUGGUACUGUGACAAGCAAACAGGAAGUUAUUAUCACCAAAACUUCCUCAUUUCAGCGAGUAUGAUAAGGGCCCCCUCAAAUAAGCGCCGCAAGCGGAACAAGUCUGUCCGCAAGAUUACGAUAUUUAUCUGGCCUUUUACAAACUUAUCGGAUCAAUCGAGGUCAAUUGAGGUUUCGAUUCUGGAUAACUGAUCACCUACCCCUCCCCUAAGUCACAAUUGUGCCCUAAGCGAGAAAUAAGUGUAAGCGUUGACUUAAGGGAGGAGUGGGUGGUCAGUUACCCAGAAACCUUAAUUGAUAUAACUUACCCACUAUAAAUACUGUUUACCAUGACCGUUAUGUCUGUCUCUUUUAAAGGGAAGCCGUAACUAAACGCAUGAGUUCGGACCGAGGACGGCGGUAUGAACGUGCGCUGCUGAAAAAAAAUGUUAAAUAUUAUUAGAAACAAAACAAAAUUGAAAAAUAAGCUGAAAAAAAGAAGAAUCAGAAGGAAAAUAGGCGAUAACUGAAAAGGGACAUUCAAUAACUUUAGGGAAGACAUUUUGAGCAACGCUCGUCAACCGGAAGUGAGGCUUUUUUUCCCUUUUCAAAUGUCUUGACGCUACCAAAUUUGAUCUGCUAAGUGUCUUUACUCUCAAAGCGACGACUGACCCGAAAUUUUGGGCAAAACCACUGCCCAAGAAUGCAAAAAAUCUACUUCCGGUUGUGCCCGAAAAACGUCAUGCUUAGUUCUUCUUGUUUCUUCAAACCUCACACUGUCCAAGAAGCUACGAGUUUGAUCUUACUUAAACGAAAGUGUACAGAAAUGGACAGUUGAUAUGCUCUGUGUGUAGAGAGGUCUGUUCUCGAAGUACCUAGGAUGAAAUAAACCUUGCUCUCGGUUUGUUAAAGCUCUUGUUUCCAGGAUUAGGUAUAAGAAAAAUAAUCCUCUGGCAUGCAGCCAGAGUAUAAUUCAUAUGAAGAUAGUGUUAGAUUCCUGUGGGAAGUGAAGUGUUUCGGGUAAAGGGAUCUGAAGCGCCUACAGAAAAAAAGUGGUUCAAGGCCAUCUCGUUUAUUUUAUUUACGGCACUUUAGAUGGUCAGCAGAUGAGUAACUUGAUUUAGUUAGCUACUGGAUUAACUUGGCUGAUAGUAUAAACACCUACAUAGACUUGCGUGACUGCGAAGCUUGGAUUAAAAGGCCAUGCAUCUUCUAGAGAUAUGUUUUAUAACAUAGCCUCGCUGGAUUCAAACUAAUAUCCCUGCGUAAUCGCCCGCAGAACAAACUGAACGGUCAGAAGUUAAUUUCCUUAUUUUAAAACAACACAACAAUUUUUGGGGCGUCAGUUAUCGUAAAAGGGUGUAACGUCGUAUUACACGUGAUUUAUCACGUGACGAGAACAUGAUGGUUUCCCGGAAGAACAGGAAACAAAGUACAACAAUUAUGUUCCAAGCAAAAAAUGUUCUUAAACAGCGCUUGAAUUUUUUAAAAAAGUUUACCCACCGCGUACGAUUUUCGCUUCUAUCCCCCAUUAAAAUGAUCCGCAAUAGCUAAGAUUUGGUCUCAAGUGAACUAAAAAACUUUCCUCACAAUUUCCACAAAAACUCAGAAAGAAAACUACAAUAUUCUACCAAUGUAAAUAAAUAGAGGAAAGCGAGUUCAUACAUACACAUACCAUGCAAAAAGGUACUGUGUACGUGCACAGGCAACCCAGGCUAUUCACGUACGCAGCCUUACUUUUUUAUACUUUGCAUUCUCCCGUGAAUCUAUUAUCACGAACUGAAAUCGUGACAGCUGCGCUUUAGGGGAAGUCCCCUCAGUGGUUUUGUCUACAAUAAAGAUUUAAUUAACAAAUAAACAACUUUCAGUCGGUCGAACACGUUCUUCAGUAUUUCGUCCUUUUUAGAGGUGAACGAAGGACCAAUGUCGGCCCAAGAGGAUUAUUGCGUUCUCGUCGAUUUCUGUCAGUCUUCUGACAUGAUGAAAGCACCGGAGCUGUGUCGCCGCGAAAGUUGUAUCAAAGUGGCAGAGCUAGUCGCCUAUUUUAGCGUUCUUGUGUGGCGCGUCGUUGGCUUGGCUCUGUUCUCUGUUCAUGUUACCGACUGCCUAUUCCGAGAAAAACACGCCAGCUACCAAUGCAACAACUUCACCCUCUUCUCACACGCUUACGAACUGGAAAUUGCCUGGCAGGCGUCUUCGAUUUUAAACACACUGAUUGUUCUUGCAGUCCUCGUAAAAGCGUUUGGCGUUCAGGAAUGUCUGUCCGCCCUUCACAAUAAUUCCAAGCAUGCCAGAUUUUGGUCUCUCUUUUUCCAACUUGUUGGCACUAUUAUUUCGAAGAUAGUCGUGAUUUCUACAGUGCCGCCAGUAAUAACCAUUUUGAUCGAAGUUGGAUAUGUAUUCAUGGUGGUGUCCACAACUCUUGUUGUAUACUUUUGGAACGGCAUUCCCGCGCCAUUCAAGGCAACAUACAGUAGGGUCCCUCGGGUCAUCCGCGCGGCGCGUGCUGCUUACGUCAUAUCGCUUUUCGUUUUCAUUUUGGAAUAUUUUUUCCUGUUUAUUAUAACCACAGCUCAAGCAGCUUUCCAAGUGACUGGACUUCAUUCAAACUCAGAUGGGAACUACUCUACUAUUCACAUAUUAGCUGUUGUGUUAAAUUUCACUGAAGCGUCUUUUCACUACGCCAUGGUGAAGUUUUUCUGGAACAAGUUGUUUGACGAUAGAAAGAACCUCUUGGUGAACGACAACGUUUAAACAAUCGUUUUCAAUUUUUCAAUCUAUAUACUUUCUUUUCUCUUAGCUUCUCUUUCCCGUUACUUCUACCGGCCUCAAAAAACCCGCGAGGUUCUGCGAUACACCUAUUCCUCGUAAAAAUUUAAAAUGAACUGCGAAAAAAAUUACCUUAUUAUAGGAAAUUGAUUAACGCUCCAUGAAAUUAAGGUAUUGGAAAUUUAAUGCGACGUUCACAAAGAAACAAAGCUUCUUGAGACAACAGGAACAAAGUUGAACUUAUAAUCCGAAAUAGAAACUUUGUUCGUGGUGCUUUCCCUAAAGUUACGAAGGUGGUCAAGCGAAGAAAUCUGUCCAUUUCGAGGGUUCUUCACAGUUUCACCGAUACUAGCGGAUCCGUGAACCUGAUAAAAUAUUCCUCUUUUUUAGUUGUCAAGAAUGUAGAGACUGGUGGCAGGGUGUCUUUUUUGUAAUUUAGACUUGUUAACUUACUGCUAGAUCAGGAAAUUGCGUAGAGCGACUUGACUUUGACAGUUGAAUCUAAGUUUUAGACGUAUGCAAAUUCUGAGAAGCAAGUGGGUUUUAGACGUAUGCAAAUUCUGAGAAGCUAGUGAGUUUUAGACGUACUCAAAUUCUGGGAAGUAAACGAGUGCCCCCUACAGUGCCCGUCUUAAUUUCAAUUUGCCUACUCGUAUUUUGAAUCUUCUAAUUUACAAACAAACCUGUUGUUAACCAUCAAGGCAGUGCCUUGUUAUGUAUGUUAAGGACCGUUCACCUUGGAUUCAGAUAGAGUGUUAGUUGCAGGUGCGAGGUUUUAAUUUUUCCUACAAAAGACGAGUGUUUUGAUUAAGUAAACGGACUAGCUUGGACUCGACUCCACAACAAGUCAUAGGGGUGUUUGAGGCUUCUCAAUUCUUUGAAAUUGGUGUUUUAUAAAGAACAAAAUUAAACUCAAACGAAUGCGCUAUUUUGUUAAUCGCUUCAGUAAGUUGUAUUACAAAGCGUGGCUCAGUUAGAGCAAUGUUUUUGUCGGUUCUCUUGUUUGCACAUGAAUGGUUUAGUUUUCCUCGUCCUUAACGUGACUUGGCUGUUGUCCAAGACCAUCCAAGGCUGUUUUUACAGAAAGAUCUUCCGGCAUUAAUGAUGGCAAGUAUGGGUGUACAAGUAUACUAGCGAUUCUCACACUGACUUCACGUGUUGACGUAAAUGGGCUAACCAGAAGCGCGUUGGUUCUUGAAACAAGAGAUUCUUCUGUUUCACUUGUUACAAAUUUGGACAACAAAGUAAUGUUUGUAAACUGUGAUGUCUUCUAUACUCCUUUAAAGCGAAAUGCCUGAAGCGAUUUAUAUUCCCUUAGAACACGACUACGCUGAGUAAGUAAAAAUUCCCGCUAAGUUUUGAUCGCAUCAGUGGUUUUGUCCGCGUACUUAAUUUUUUCAUUUUGUUUCUUGGGCUCCUUUUUUUUCUAUUUGUUGUUGGUCACGUAUUAUUUUCGCAGCCGUCGGCAGUUCUUGUAAAACGAUUUUCUGCUACAACUAUCGUAGAAACUAAGCACUCUCUUAACACUUUCGCAGUUUUAUUAUAACGUAGGGUUGCAUUUGGAUACUUCUUUUGUUCUUGGGCCAUCGUAGUUUAGUUGAGGGAAAUAAAACACAAACAGCGGUGAUAAACCUUGUGAGCUUUCACAUUUUUAUAUAAAGCUCACAAUGUUUGUCACCGCUGUUUUUGUUUUAUUUCUGAUCAAACUACGAUGGCCCAAGAACAAAAGCAUUUAGUUGAGGGACUGAUCGCGCCAGUCGAGCUAACCUCGUUGCCGAGCUGGCUCGCUUUGCGUGGUGACUUUUAUCCGUUCAUUACAUGACCCAACCUGUGAAUACAGCCAUUUUUCCUCCAUCCUCUUCCUCGCCGCUAGGGACAAAAAAUUUAAACAAUUUAAUCGACGUUUUUUGGAUUGUGAAAUGAGGGUGACAGUUGAAAAACAAAAAAAAAAACUAAACAAUUACACCGCGGUCAACUCUUUGUUGCCAGAUAAGGGCAAAAUUCCCCACUUUCAGUUUCAGGAGUUCACCUGCGCGUUUAUACUUGUAGUUGUAAAAUAUAACAAAUAACUUUUCACUGAAAUUCGACAAAUCGACAACAUUAGAAAUGACGUUUAAGUAUUGCAAACACUAAAAGGGUGGGCAGCCUACUGGUAAAAUUUACUCUCGUUUUAUAUCAGGAGUAGACCUCUAUCGUGUUCUCGAGGGCUCCUAGCUGUUAUUAUUUAUGAUAUGAGUCUUGCAAGUCGUAAAGUGAUGAUUCUACAUUUUCGUAGCGGAGGAAGUUUAACCAUGUAAGCUUUGUCGUUUCAUUAGGCUUAUCCGCCCCAUUUUAAAUCUAUUUUUAUACAUAUUUUAUUUUUAAAUGGUUUUCUUUGUAGAUGUUGUGCAUUAAGGUGUGACAUAAUAAAUAAAUGAAGUAAUUAUUAAUUAAUUUAUUAAUUAGUCAAUUAAUUAGUAGACACAUAAAUAAGUGGACAUCUUUUUUGCUCUUUUUAUGACAGUCCAAAGAUGAUACAAUAAGUGGUGUGGAAUUACUGGCCUUUAUUCCGUACCUUGUGGCUGUAGCUGCAAAAGACAAGCAACCUUGGAAUGAUCACGCAGUAAAUAAUUACAAUCUUGAACGAUCUCACUCAGCGAGCGAGUUCGAGACAGGGCUUGGAACAGAGUCUUUAUAAUCAGUCUGAUAAGAUUCAGCCCAAUGUCCCGGAAAUUUCGGUUGGAAAUCAAAUGGAACAGACCAUUUCGGUUCGGUCCGACCGGAAUUUGUAGUCCACUUUAACCGGUUGUGUCAUUUCGGUCGUUCGGACCGAAAUAUCCCCUUCCGUGAUUGUUCUCCCCAGUACCGCUCUUCUGUAUCCUGCUUGCAAGAACAAUAAUCAAACGCGCGGUGACUUGGGUCGGGCCUUUGCAACCGGAAUGUACCGUUCCAUUGGGCAUGUCUGGAAUUUCCAAACAUGAUGUCAAAGUAAACCGGACUCUUUCUUGAAUGGAAAGCGCCCCAGAAGUCACAUUCGCUUAUGUUACCUGCACUUCAAACUUCAACUUUAUUGGAGUAUAAUAUUUGCAGAGAAAAAUAAUAUAGGUCCAUCGGUAACAUUAGGAUACAUUAGCUAGUCUAGACAGAUCAAUGAAUCAUUAUAACUCAUUGCAAUGUUCACUGGCGAAAUUAGCUUAAAGGAACUUAUUUUCACUUUAUUAAAUAAAUUGAAGUCAACCCAACAUUAGCUUAUCAUUUGUUUUCCUCAAGAGCUAGAAUGAUUUGGGGAUUGUUAAUAUGGCGGCCAUCAUUUCGCCCUAGAAUACCAACAUGGAAGGUGUGAAGUUGAGCUGUAAACUUUGUUGUUUUUUAAUUUUUAUUAUCAUUCUUAUUCUUAUUAUUAUUCUUAUUAUUAUUGUUAUUAUUAUUAUUAUUAUUAUUAUUAUUAUUAUUUUUAUUAUUUAACGGAACGAACGACUUCAAACGUCCGACGAUCUUGAGUAAUAAAAUUCCAGGGACGUAGCCAGCUUUCGGACUUGUUGUAGGUCUGGCUGACUUUCAUUUCCACAUAUCCUGAAAAAUGCUUGUUUAAUUCUGUUGAUUGCAGGUAUGACAAGUGGACAAUGAAUUGAGUUUAACUUUAAGCUCGUAAGCUCCUUAGUUCGCCCAAGCAACACAUAAUUUAUUACCAGUGGUAGAGUGAUCAAACAAAAAAUUUGUAGGCCCGAGCUUAUCGAUCUAUGGGCUGGGUACGCCCCUGAAUUUUAUUUUAUUUUUUGGAUCCGACACACUGUAAUCAUCGAAAAAAGGCUAAGGCACAGCACAACCUGGUUCCCAGGGUCCUAGGAAUCAGUUUGUCCAAGGCAAGGCGCAAUGAAUUGAGGAAACCCCGACGUAUUUCCUUUCAAAACCAGCAAAGUAAUUUCUGCAAGCACACCUGUCUUAAAAUUCCCUCCGUGAUUCAAUAUCACAAAGACAGGCGAUUUUGUUCUAUUUUUCUUUUCUUUUACAACGAGAUGUCUUAUACUUAAGAAAUGUCCCAUUUCCAUUUUACGGUAACUUAGAAAAAAACGUAUAUUCGCAAUUUCGUGGACCUAGUGAAAAACAGGAAAAGGAAGACAAAGAUUAUCCAGGGUCCCCCGGGGGCAGUGUCGUGGCCAUGCGGGAACAUCAGGUUGCGAAGAAUUCUUUUCCCGAUCUUGCCCCGGAGAUUGGCCGAACAGUUCCGAAAGCAUGUGUUAUGACACUCAAACUAGUUGUUAUACCAGUGAAGUGAACAGGUCAAUGGUCGCUAUGCUUCUCGAUCUUGAUUUCAAUUCUCUCCUCCGUUUUAUAACUAUACUCAACCUUGGCCGGAUUUGACUCACAUUUAUUGACACCAGGAAAGGAAAGUAUCUUUAAGAAAGGACUCCAUGAUUAGUUGAGUUUUGAUGCGACGGUAAGAAAUACUCUCGUUAUUUUUAGGUAUCUUACGCGUCUUGAUUUCCAACUUGUCUGUUUUUUGUUCCGAUAUGCAAUUACUCGGAAAUUUGUCUGUCGACUGUGUUUGGGCAAAGGAGAUAGAAUUCCAUCUAGCUAGCCUUUAACGUCGGUAAGACACUGUAGGCAAAAAACCUUGAACGUUUCGAUUCGUGUUUGUGCUCAGUAGUAAACUGUCGAUAGGAGAGGAAAGAAUAAUGCGCGGAUAAGAUGAAAAGCAAGGGUCGAUUUCUCAAGAUAGCGUUACAUAUUUUAAAGUUUUUUACGGUACUUGAUUAAGAGAUGAUUACCCCACUGCAGGGUACUCGAAUCAGUUGAAUUUAUUAUAAAACGUUCAUUCUUGGCUCUCUGUAACCUGGGUGACAGCGGCUUUUCAUGCGACGAAGCUCCUUGUCCCACGCGAGAAAAAACCUCUGGCACCUAGUGUUGUGUAGGCUUUCUGUACCCUGCUAGUAGAUAAGUCGGUAAAGAGUAAGCGAGUUCCUUCCUCUUCCCGACUUAUCUAGGAAGAUCGAAGGAGACUCUGUUCGAAGGGUAGGCUUUCUGAGGCUUGGGAAAUGAAACCAAAAAAAUCACCCUGAGGUUCAGGGAUGAAUAAUACAUUUCUAGUUCUCCCUAGCUAAGUGUCCUGAAUUUUGAUAUAUCAAAAUUGGUCUUUUAUAACAUGUUAAUGGCUGACUGGCUAAUAGGGAGGCCGGCAAAUUAAAUUACAUGUACGUCUGCGACGCAGAUUGUCCCUGACCGCGCACAAUCCUCCUUUAUUGUUUUGACCACGAAUUGGAACUGAAUGGCGUUAAAAUUGGCCAGCUCGUUCAAAAUGAUUGGGAUGCUACGCCAUAGAAUUUUGUGCACGAUUAAUUCCAAAAAUGCUGACAAAAAUCUGAAGGCCUUUAUAACCAACCAUGACAGCGGUGGUGUUAACGGAACACGUUCCGGCAAAUUAUAUUCUUGAAAUUGAUGAGACGUAUGAUUCGUCGUGCGACGAAGCAUUAAACAGUACCAGUACCCGUAAAACAUCACUGAAGCGACACCACUGGUACGUAUUCACUUUCUCUUGAUUCAGUACACACAGAUAGCGAUACACCCCAAAAAUAAUAUGACAGAUACUUGAAACGGGGCAUUUUGCUGUUUUCUAUUUUCUUUUCCUUUUUUUAACGUAGAUUUGAAUUAGACUGCGAGCAGUCUCUCUUGUUCUUCAGAUUUAGUGAGGGGAGUGCACGCGCGCGAGAGCGUUGAGCGGCGAAGCCGCGAGACGCGAGAAACGAAGGCGGCAGCCCGAGAAGGAAAAAACUCUCCCGUCUCGCGCCUUCAGUCACGCGCGUGGUCAUUUGCGUGUCUCGGGCGUUUUGCUCGACGGACCAAGAAAAAAGCGAGACUGCACGUAGUCUAAUUUUAAUACUUUAAAACAACUAAGAUAACUCGACUCCCGUGGCGGGAGGGGGGGUACUUCCUUACAAGAGGCUAAUGGAGAUGUGCCUGUGGAUGGGGUCGCGUUUUCACGGCUGGAUUGACUAUAAUGGGGUCGC